UUCAUAUUUUUGUGUUUUCAGUGACUUUGGAUUUGCAUAAUUAUAUUCUGAAUCAUGUAAAUAACCAAUUAAUUUGUAUCCAUGCGCUGACAAAAAUGAAGGUAAGGGAGGCUACUCUAUCAGAAAUGUUUAUGAAAUAAAACAAGGAAUCGAAAACAUGUCUUUAGAAACUGUGCCAAAGGAUUUAAGACAUUUGAGGGCUUGUUUAAUGUGCUCACUCAUAAAGACUUUUGAACAGUUUGAAUAUGAUGGAUGUGAUAAUUGUGAUGAACAUCUUCAUAUGAAAAAUAACAGAGAUAAUGUCUAUGAAUGUACCAGCUCUAACUUUGAUGGGAUGAUUGCAAUGAUGGGAAAUGAAGAUAGUUGGGUUGCCAAAUGGCAGAGGAUAGGUAGAUGUGUAAAAGGAGUGUAUGCUAUAUCAGUGACUGGUAAAUUAUCACCAAGAAUAGUACGAGAAUUAUCUAGGAAAGGCAUUGUUUAUAGAUCUAGAGACACCAGUAUCAAGUCAUGAUUGCAAUUUCAUUAUAGACAUUUUCUUCAUUGUCAUUUUCAUCUUGUUAUGGAAGUUGUAAAAAUUAUUGAGGACACAUGUGUAAACUUUCCAUUAAAAAUAAUUUUUGAAGUUAAAAAGAUUGUAUAGAGGUUUCCUGUAAUUUUCUAUGAUUCCUGAAGCUAAAUGUUUGAUCACAUCACUAAUUGCAAAAUGUGCUAGUAUUACAUAAGGCCUUUCAUGAUUAGUGACUUCAUCAAGUGGAAUUGCAGAAGCCACAGACGUCUGAAUGAAAAUUGGAACUGUGCAAAUGUUUCUAUUGACACACAUUAAAAAUUUAGAAAACCUCAUUACAAUCCCUUUAAAUAAAAUUUUGAAAAGUAGUGUGUGAGAGUAUGUGAGUAUGUAUGUCUGUGUGAACACUCUACAAUGUGAAAUGAAUAUACUUCAUUAUGAAUAUUUUAAUAAAAUAUGAUGUAAA